AUUGUAUGUCAAGUAUUGGACAACUCUUAAUACGUUCAGUAAUUUUAUUAUCACUUGUGAUUAUAUAAAUUCUCAAUGUUUCACAAUCUAAAUAAAUAAAGAGUACAUAUUCUCAACAGAAUAUAAUUUCAAUUAUUGAGCAGUCAAUCAAUUUCGCUAAAGAAUCGAUUCAAUAAAACGAUGGUCUGAUUAAAGGCUGUUGUAUUGACUGGAGAACCAGUAAUCCGAUAAUGAAUGUGACACUUGUGCCGAUACUAAAUGAUUUGGUCGGUUAUCAAUUGAAUAGCAACUGUUCCGCAAACAACAUGUCUUCGAUGAACACAACAAUUCAGAGCUUGUAUUCGAGCGCUUCGGCGUUCAACUCAUCAUUCAAUGGCCAGAACUGUAACGAGUCGUACGAAUCGGGUGGAGAGCUUCCGGUGGCCGUCGGUUAUCCCGUAUUAGUGCUAGAAUUCGCCAAAAUUCUGUACGGAAUCGUAUUCCUCGUCGGACUGUUUGGCAACUCUUUGGUCAUAUAUGUUGUGUUGCGGUUUUCAAAGAUGCAAACCGUCACCAAUAUGUAUAUAUUCAAUCUGGCGCUGGCCGAUGAAAUGUUCUUGGUCGGUCUACCAUUCCUCAUCACUACCGUUAUAUACAAAUACUGGUCGUUCGGACGCCAUAUGUGCAAAGUCUAUAUGACCACCACAUCCAUCAAUCAGUUCACAAGCAGUCUAUUGCUGACAGUCAUGAGCGCCGACCGGUAUGUGGCCGUCUGUCACCCCAUCUCAUCGCCCAGAUAUCGGACACCAUUUAUCGCCAAAUUUAUUUGUUUAACCGUUUGGACC